AUGGUGGCCAUUUCCAAGUCGCUUCUUCGUCCUUUUCAGCUCAUCACUCGCGUUCUGCAGUGGUGCAGUGCCGUUAUUGUGAUGGGUAUCACGUCCUACUUUAUUCACAGGGGGCCUCGCGGGCAGCACAUCAUCUACCAGGAAGUCAUUGCCACCAUGUCCGUCGUCUUCUUCCUCCCCGCCUUCCUCUCGCCUUUCAUGCCCAAGGUUGUCUCCGGCUUUGUGUUCUUCAUCGACGUCAUCUUCUCCUACCUCUGGCUGACAGCCUUCAUCUUCGCGGCCCAAGACUAUAACUGGCUCGAGUGCAGAUUCUUCUCUCCCCCCGGUUUAGCUUGCUCCAGGAAAUAUGCCAACGAGGCGUUCAUCUUCCUCGCUUUCAUCUUCACAUUCUUCGGCAUGUUGCUUGAGAUUCUGUCACUUUGGUCUCAGCGCGAGGAGAACCCGCAUCUGGAGAAGAACGGCCAUGCGGCACCGGCUCCGCCUGCGGCGACGUCUGCGGUCUAA